AUGGGGCGAGGCCUAAAAAUAUCUGCCUCCACUUCCUCUGUCUCUCUCUCCUCCCAUUCCUCUGCGCCGCCCCAUCUCCUCCGAUUCCCCUCCUCUUCUUCGUGCGCGGCGGCCGGCGCGCAGCUCCUGGCGCUGCCGUCCGUCCACCCUGGCUCUCUCAGAUCGGGGCGGGGCAGAGCAGCUCUGCCUUCUUCCCGUCCUCCAUCCACAUACGUGCAGCGACGACCUAGGAGAAGCUCAAGCCACAGUGAUGGUCCACGGCACCGUCGCCGUCGUCCUCGGCAGGAGGAGCACGGACCGCAUAGACGGCCGGCUCCGUCCUGCUCCCAUGCCGCCGUCCGUCCAUCCUUUCUCUGUCUUUUGUUUUCCUUCUCUUUUAGAUCGGGGCGACUGCUAACUCUCUCUCUCAUUCUCAUUCUCAUUUUCGUUGGUGCUGAUGGCCACGACCACCUCACGGUGAGUGAGGAAGAUGCUUUACUGCGGGGAGGGAAGCAGCCGCAGAUUGAGGAGGACGGCACAGGUCGCGAGCAUGGUCAUGGCCUUCAGAUUGAGGAGGACGGCACAGGUCAAGCUCAAGCCUGGGAACGCGUCCUGUGGCCAUGCAGCGGCUCUUCUUCACCGUCUGUCACUUUGACAACGACUGCUACGUCCAGCACGACUCCAACCUCUUCCUCGGUCUCCGCCUAUGCUCCACCGGCACAAUCAAGUCAAGCAGGAGGAAGAGAGAUUCUCGAUUUGAGAAAGAAGAGAAGAGAAAUAAUCUUCAGGAAGAGUUUGGUGAAGAAUAAGGUCAUAUCAGCUCCAUAUCAUGUUGCAGAGGAAAAACUUCUCACCAUAUUCAGGCAUCUGUGGGAAGGAGAAGAACUGAAAAUGGUGACUUAUAUUGACUGGAAACCAAACCGCUGAAUGGAAAUAACUCAAAAGAAGAGAACGGAGAUGCUGUCUCUUUGCAAUUCGAUAACCGUCAGUUCAGUUACUAAGAACUCAAGACCAUCACAAAUAGAUUCGAGAAUUCCAUUGGCAAAGGUCAGUUUGGAGUUGUCUAUCUUGGCUACUUGGAACAUGGAAACCCAGUUACUAUUACUGUUGUUUGGUAUUUGGACAUAUCUUUCUGAGAGGGAGAUGGGAACAGACAAAUUCGGGGAGAUGGGAACCGACAAAUUCAGUGAAGGUUGGCUGCGCGUAAACUAUUGUGAUCAAGUUGGGAACAAAUGUUUCCUCUAACUCCUCGUGUUGGAGACUGGGGUUAGGAGUGGAAGUGAUCCGUUAACAAACAAGAACUUGGCAGAAGCUAUACAUAUGCAAAUAGAGGUUCAGACACAGCUCCAUGAACAGCUAUAGGUGCCUUCUUUGUUCCUGUUUUCGAGCUCUAAUUGGAUGAUGCUGUUGUCGGCGUAUAUUUUUUAUGGUAGGAGCAUUUUUUUCUAGCUUCACAAUAAUUACUGUGCUUUGUGUAGGUAUGAACCCAAAUCCAUAUUUAAAUGGGUGCUAAAUAUUUUUGCGGCAUGGUGGACUUUCUAAUCUGGUCA